GCCCAGCGGGGGCCGCGGGGGCGCGCCGCGCGCCGCCGCUCAUUGUGCUCGGCCGGUGCCGCCUCCGCUGCCGGACACGGCGGGGGGGCCGCGCUCCCGCUGCUGCGCUGCCUGGGGCGGGCGGCCCCGCACGCAUCCCGCACACGGCUGCCUUGAGCCCAGCCCUGCAGCUCCUGUCCCGGCCGUCCUGCCCCCAGCGUGGCUCGGCACCGUUCCGGAGGGCUGCGCUGCGCUGCGCUGCACGGGCGGUGGGGGCUGAACACGCAUCCCCGAGCGGGACUGCCUUGCGCCCAGCCCGCUGCACCCAUCCCGGGGAGCUGCCCUGCUCCCAUCCCGGUGGAAGUGGGCUGCUCACCUCGGGUCGGCACCCAGCCCGGCGUGCGGGGGCUGCAGCGCCCAGCCCCGCUGUCCCCAGUGCGGCGGCCCGGGGCUGCCGCUUCUCCCCAUCGCCGCUGGCCGGCUGCUGGCUCCCGCCUCGUUUUAUGGUCGUGGAGAGGGAGGAAGAAUCCCAAACCAGCUGCGUAAAUGAGUAUGGAAGAUUAUGAUUUCCUUUUCAAAAUUGUUUUAAUCGGCAACGCCGGGGUGGGGAAGACCUGCUUAGUCCGUCGCUUCACUCAGGGGCUUUUCCCACCAGGGCAAGGAGCCACGAUUGGGGUUGACUUUAUGAUUAAAACUGUGGAGAUAAAUGGCGAAAAAGUAAAGCUGCAGAUCUGGGACACGGCGGGGCAGGAGCGGUUCCGCUCCAUCACGCAGAGCUACUACCGCAGCGCCAACGCGCUGAUCCUGACCUACGACAUCACCUGCGAGGAGUCCUUCCGCUGCCUGCCCGAGUGGCUGCGCGAGAUCGAGCAGUACGCCAGCAACAAGGUCAUCACCGUGCUCGUGGGUAAUAAGAUUGAUUUAGCUGAUAAGAGGGAAGUCUCCCAGCAGAGAGCUGCAGAGUUUUCUGAAGCACAGGACAUGUACUAUCUGGAAACAUCAGCAAAAGAAUCGGAUAAUGUGGAAAAACUCUUCCUGGACUUGGCCUGCAGGUUGAUCAGCGAGGCACGACAGAACACCCUUGUGAACAAUGUCUCAUCUCCCUUACCAGGAGAGGGGAAAAGUAUCAGCUACUUGACUUGCUGUAAUUUUAAUUAAAGAGCUGGCAUGUGAUUGCCCCUUCUACCAUGGGCCAAGUGGAUUUUUUUUUUUUUUUUUUUCUGUGCUGGGAUUUAUCUACUUGAAGGAAUUCUUGCCAAUCUGACCCAUCUGGCUUAUUCAGAGUCAGGUUACAGUCCUGGAAACACGGCAGGCUGAUGGCUCCAGCUGCAUGGCAAUGUAGCAGAAUACAGCAGGGUUUAAAUUUCAUUUUUCUUGCAGUCUGUGGAGCAGGUCGGAAAAGGAAGAGUUGCACAAGUGCUUCAUGUAAUGCAGAACAUGAGCUGUUUUGUUUCCUUCUGUGGAAGAGAAGACCAACCUUUCUUGAAGAUACUGAAGAGAUCAAAGUCUCUCUUACACAACAACGUGUUUGAUCCUUUUUAAAGUAAAACAAAGAAGAAACGCAACAAUGAACGCUGGCUUUGGGCUACGCUGGCAAUCCUCUGGGCUGGCAGCAAGUGAGCUCUUAGGACAUGUACAUAACAUCUGCAUCUUCAUGGAGGACUCUGGUGUUUGAAAUAGUGUUAUGUCUCUCAUCUUCAGGCACUUUCAUGAAUGUGGAAUAAACAAAGUUACAUAUAGCAGCGUUUUCAAGAUUGAAGAAGACAUGGAUACGGCUCAGUUGCUCCCUUUGGUGCUAGCAGUUCAGCAAAUAUUCCAUAGGCCACAUGUAGUCUUACCAUAUUACUGUCUUCUGAAUGUGCAACUUAGACUGGUUAGGAAAAAAACACUAAUAAGCACUGUUCAUAAAAAUAAUAAAAAAAAUCUCAUUACCUCUUUUUCUAGGCCUAAACAUAGCGGGGAACUGUGUGCUUCUUGGAUGUCCAACAAAGGCAGAAAAGACUUUCCAGAAAUAAAAAUAAAUAAAUAAAUUAACCAUUCCUCA